GUUCAGACGUGUUCCGAGUCACAUGGUUCUUGUUUACAUCUCGCGCCGUGCUUAAUUUAUAGUCUAGUGGAAAUCUGAAGCAUUUUAAUUUUUGAAAAUUGAAAAUGCUGUCAGACAACCCAAAGUUCAGAGUGCUUUAUGCAUCAUGGGCUUUUCUAGAAUGUUUGUUUUUUGGAGGUUUGAUUUAUGGUUGGCCAUCUCUGGUAUUUGUCCUAAAAGAUGAAGGCUUGUAUUAUGACCUUUGCUCAUUCACAAAUACUUCACAAGAAAGCAUUGUUGCAAACAAUUCCAUUGCUAAUGUUUCUGUAGAAAAUGUAUAUGAUACUUCAAGUUCAGUUUAUAAUAUUUCUGUAUCAACUGAUCCAGCUCGAAGUGAUAAAAACAAUGUAACAGAAACUAGAAAGGAGAGAAAUUCAUGUCGGGACAUGGAUGACAGAUUAUCUUUAGUUUUCACUAUAGGAACUGCAGUAUUUUGCAUUGGUUGUUUCAUUAUGGGCCAAAUAAGCUAUUUAUUUGGUACUCGAAUUACAAGAAUCAUAGCCACUGCUUUGUUUGUUAUUGGUUCUUUAUUGGUUGCUUUUACAUCCAAUGAUGUUCCUUGGCUGAUAUUUCCUGGUUUGUCUUUGCUCGGUGCUGGUGGAAUAACCUUCUUGAUGACCAACAUGCAGAUAUCUGUCUACUUUCCCAAGCUGGGUACUUUGGUUGUUGGUCUUUUCUGUGGGGGCUUUGACACUUCAGCUGGGAUGCAGAUGUUGAUAAAGAUUGGUUAUGAAAAUGGAAUCAGUCGUUACAUUUCCUACUUGAUUUUAGCUGUAGCUAAUUUGGUUACCCUUGUAAGCACAUUUUUGUUCUUACCAAAAGGUUUUGUUACAAAACCAUCUACCAAAAAAUACCCUAAUGAUGAGGUGGCUGAUGAUAAAACUGCAGCUGUUGAGUUAAAGUCUCCUCAAAAUGAUGAGAAUGAAGUGCAGGAGUCUGAGAAGCCCAGAAUCUUGAGCUGCAUAUUUUCCUGUCGUUACCUGUUCCAUGUGUUCUGGUUGUGCAUACUUCAACUUCGAUUCUACUGUUUUUUAGGCUCACUCAAUAAAACUCUAGAAGUGAUGUUCGAAAAUGAUCAUCAACAAGUGAGUUACUACACCAAUAUUUUAUUUUAUGUUUUAAUGUGUGGCCUUCUCUCAUCUCCUUUUGCUGGUAUUGUUUGUGAUGGAUUCAAAAGGCUCUAUGUCAAGCAAAGAACUGAGCUACAGAGGAUGCUUAUGCCUACAGUGAUCCCCUUAACCAUCACAACCUCCCUGUGUAUACUGCUGUCACUCCUUGUACUGUUUGAGACUCCAGAAGUUAUGAUACCUGCUUAUCUGUGUCUGCUCUUCUUUAGGUCUUUCCUGUACACGCUAGGAGCUGGAUAUAUCAGUGUCAUGUUUCCCAGUGAAUACUUUGGGAUUCUGUAUGGAAUUGUAAUAAUAGCUGGAGGCAUUGUCAGCAUGUUCCAGUAUGUCUUCUUCAACUGGGCUGAAACUAGUGGUUUCUAUCCGGUCAACUUGUUUCUUCUCAUACUUAUGAUAACCACCUACAUUCACCCUGCUUUUCAAUGGUUUGUGUGUCGACGUGAUGGACGUACUGGGAAAUUGCUAGUGAAGGAAUAAUUGUUGUCCCAAGGAUCAUAGAUCCCAAUCUGGUCUUUGAAACUGACAGUCAGUGAGCAAAAUGUUUAUUAAAUUUUGUUACCACUUUUUCUUUUUUUGUAAAUCCCAAAUAAUUCCUUGUACUAUUGAGAGGUGAUAUCAACAAACAAAAAGGAAUAAUAAAUGAAACAUUAUAACAAGCACUGUAAUAUUCUUUUCUAUUUCUAAUAAGGAAUGAAAUAUAAACUAAAAUAUUUCCCUUAUUAGAUAUUAUGACAAAAUGUAACUAACUUCUAAGCAUUUAUUUCUAAAUAAUUAUUUUUAGAAUGUAUUUAUGCUGGUUAAAACAAUUCUACCAACUUGAAAGAAGCUUGUUUCUGGACUUAUACAAAUAAUUGUUUAUCUUUUUAAAAAAAUUAAAAUUGUAUUCUUUUAAUGGACCAUUAAGUGUCUCAUACAUUGUAUUGGCUGUAUAUAUUUGUAAGCUGUUGAUACAACUUUUGUCCUUAAGUUUUCAGUAAACUGCUUGUCUCGCAACUUUCUAUAUUGCUGCUUUGCAAGCUUUUCUUUUCUUUUACUGAGCUUUCCACCUUGGUAAAGGGAGAAUAGAAGAGCUCAUGUGUUCACAGGAAAUGACAGUCCUGUGGCCCAAAACAUUUUCUUGGCUACCAAGUGUUCAGAGACCAGCUGCCUUUACUUUCCUCCUCUUGUAUGUUACCUGCUUAGUUAAUGCUAGUCUGUAAUUGCUUAUUGUAAGUUCAGCAUUUUUUAUUUUUAUAUUUUACUUUAGUUUCAUAUUUCCUUUCCUUCUCUUAUGUUUCUGUAUGUUACCUGCUUAGUUAGUACUUCCCAAUGCUAGUCUCUAAUUACUUAUUGUAACUUUUUUUCUUUUAUGUUUUACUUUUAUUGCGUAUUUACUUUCCACCUAUCUAGGAUGAUCUCUGUUUUGCAGGUGCUACCUCUCCUAUACACUUUUAGUAUUUCUUUAUAGCUACUUUCAUCCAUGUCAUUUUAGAGUUUCUUUCAUCCAUGUCAUUUUAUAUUUGCUUUAUCCAUGUCAUUUACCAAAGAUAUUUUAAAGACUUUAUCAUUUCUUUGUUUGUUAUGUUCUAAUUUUUUUUUUAAAUUGUUUUAUUCAUUGGUCAUUUUUCAAAAGAUCUUUGUUUUUACAAGUGAAAUUAUUAUGCAUUUGUACUUCUUUUUAUGUUUAGUUUUUUUUUUUUUUGAAAAAUAUUUUGAUUUAUAAGGAUAUUAUUUUCCAACCUCCCUGUUUAGCAUCAACAUAAAUGUGUUUAAGAUAAAUUUUCCCAUACUUGCAUUAUAAUUUUAGUUGGAGCAUUUUCAUAAAUGUUUUUCUAUUUCAAAACAAAGAAAUAUAUACCAAAGGUUUCUAUUGUUUUGUUCAAGUGCCAUUAGUACAUAAUGAUAUUACAGCUAGAUUGUAGAACUAUUCAUGUUCUGAGGCUCAUUAUGACAUAAAAAUAUGUGUUCAGAAAUCUGUUGACAUUUUCUCAUUAUAUUGUUACUGAUGUGUAGAUAUUUAAGCAGGUCAGACUGACUUUAUCCCAGAAUACAAUCAAGACUUUGACUUAAAGUUUCAUUCAUUCUAUGACUAUUUAAGAAUAGUUGUAACAAAAACUAAGAUUAGAAUUACUGUAUGAUUAAUUAAAAGGAAUGAGAUAAUAUGUACUCGGAUUGAUACAAAAUGUUGUUUACAAUGCAUCAUUAUUUGACCUAAAGUUGGCCUAUAGUGUUAUAAUGUAUCAUAAUUUGAAAUAAGUAUAGUGUUAUAAUGUAUCAUGAUUUGGUAUCAAGCUAAGUCAGCAGUUAUAGCUCAUGUUAUAUUAUGUGCUCAGUAUUAUGAAGCAUGCUGCUGUGUGUGAUUUAGUUGUUAGUUUAUAACACUCUCUAUAAAGCUUACUUCAUUAUAAUCAAUAUUUUAGAGUUGUAAAAAGAAUGUAAGAAAAUGUUGCCUACAUACUGGCUUGAAAAUUAGAAAUUGUUGACAGUCUUGCAUGUGGCCCAACUGUUCCCUGCCUUCUGUUCAUUUUUUCAAAAUGAAGAUCAGACUACACAGUCAUCUUCCAGUUUAUAAGAAAUUCGUUUGCACAUACUCAACCACGAAGAUGAAGCUUACUAUGACAAUUGGCAAAAUACAAAAUUUGCAUCAAGCUAUUUAUUAAUGUAUAAAGAUUUUGGUUUCAUUGUUUGUUAUUCAUUAAAUGAUACUGACAUCAUGACUAAUAGUAAUAUUUUUUUUACAUCAAAUUUCUUCACUAUCGCAUGGUUUUUCAAAUGUAAAUAUUUAAAAUAAAAUCAUAACCAGUUUUUAUCCAGCCUAGACAUAACCUUGUUUUAAAUUGCUAAACUUUUUGUCCAGUGAUUUGUAUUAUACAUUUCCUUAAUCUUUUAAGCUAGAUUAAAUAGUUAUUCAAAAUAUUUUUCUAGUAUCAAUAUUAUUUGGUUGGCAUUAUGACAGUUAUCUAUUUAUUAUUUUGCAGACAAAUUUGUGUUAGUCAUUUUUUUUUUUUAGUUAUCUAUCUAGUUAUCUUUUGUUGUGUUCACAGUAGGUAGAUCUAGUUAUCUUUUGUUGUGUUCACAAUAUGGUAUGAUGAACAUUUAAUCAGAAAGAAAUAAUCAAAAUAUAUAGUUGUUGAAGGAUGCUAUGGUUUAUCAUGACUAAGUUACCUUAUGGUAAUGUAUGCAUAUAACAUUUUGAUAUUUUUUAAUAAGAACUAAUUAAUCUACGUAGAUGCUAUGUUGAAAGUAUAAUCAGGCUUCUUAAUUUAUAAUAUUCAGCCUUGUUGUAGUGCCAAAUUUUAUCAUCUAUCUUUGUUGUCCAUUGAAUAGCUAUUAUUUUCCUUAAGCUGUGGCAGGGAAAUGUCUAGUAGCUCUCUAUUUAAACCUUACCACAUUACCUUGAUAGGAUGUUUGAGAACUUUGUGGCAUGAUUAAUUAGAGCAUUUCCCACAUACUCCAUCACUUCUUUUGCAACAGUCUUUGUUCAAGUCAAAGCUAUGGUCCUUGUGACAGCCUUAGGAUAAGAUGAUUGUUUUAUAAAAGACCCAUGUGUGUUCUUGUAACUAUGCUGCAUUGAGUUUUUCUUUCCUCAAAUUAUUGAAAUACUUCUACUGCUUGUAGGUUGUUGUUGUUUUUUUUUGUUUUUCAAUAUUUCAGACAGUUGUGUCUAGUAAAUACAGUUAUAUAGUUAUUCUCUAUUGCAUCUCCACUCAAACUAACCCUAAGAUCAUAAAAAAAUGUUUUCUAAAUAUAAUCUUACAAAAAAGUGUUUGUCCUAGGAGGCGGCAUCAUUCUCUAAGUCAUAAUGUUUUGUACAUACAAGAAAGUACUAGAGUUGAUUGAAUGAACUAGUAAUUUAAACAACUGAAUGUAAAUUGAAUGUUUCUUUUGUUGAAAUAGUCAAAUCAGUUGUUGGUGUUCACUAGAAAAUUAAAUGUUGCUUCUCUCUUUAUUAUUUUGGAUUAAGGUUUUAAAAUAUUUUAUGAAAUAUCAUUUACAUAAAAUCAUAAAAAAGGAAAUAUAACUACAUACCUUUUUUUUUAGUACACUGGAUAUGAAUAUCUUUCUAGGUACAUUUUACAGGGUAUUUUUUGUAACACUAUUUAUCUUUUAGUGUUUUUUUGUUGUUGUUUUUUUACUAUUUUAUUUGACCAUGAGAAAGCCUACUAUUGAGUGAUUUUAUUGAAGUAUUGUAUUGUGUGCUUCUGUUUGAGAUAUUAUAUAAGCAUUGCUUCUUUUUUAUUUGUGAAAUUUUUAUUUCCUUGUGUAUCUAAUAAAUUGGUCUUUAUUAUUAUCAAAGAAAA